GCGAAACCGCUAAAACAUCUCCCUCCCUCUCUUCCCCCGCUCUCUCAAGGAGCUGAGAGUGAGAGAGAGAGAGAGAGAGAGGGCUGAAAUCCGAGAGCUGCUGACUAUGGAAAUCUUCAUCGCCGUUGCUGUCAGUAAUCAGUGAUCAAUCAACCUCUGAACGGCGGAGGGACUUCCAUAAGGGACCCACAGAUGAGGGGGACAAAGCUCACCCUUCCAACAAGAGUAGCUACUGUACUACCAUAGCGGAUCUCUUCUUACAGGCGUCAGAACGAGGAACGCAGGAACGAAAGUCGUCAAAGAGACCGGCAGGUGAUCCACAAGAAGAAGAAGAAGAGAGCGUCCACGUGUCGCUCUCUGAUCACUCGCCGGGUUUUGUUCGAGAUAUGGAAGCUUGGUCUGUCGCUGUCGAAAUGCCGAUGGCGCGGUUUUCCUCCCGCCAUCUUGCUGGAUGCCUUCGACGCGAAUGUCAGUCGGUGAGAUGUCGACCGUUGGAUCUUCCUACGCGUACGAAUCGAGCUGGAGUUAUAUCUGAAGCCAUUGCUAUAUUACGACAUAGUAAUUACUCGUUAAGCUCCCGUUCAAGAUUUGAAUCUGUGACCUUGAACAGCAUCCCUUCCUCCUCCUCCUCUUCCUCUUCCUCUUCCCCUUCCUCUUCCUCUUCCUCUUCCUCCUCUUUCUUCUCCUCCUCUUCUCCCUCCUCCUCUAGUUCCUUCUCCUCCGUGCCGAUUGGUUAUCCAUCCCGAUCCCGUCUGAAUUGGCAAGACGCGACCUCAGGAUCGUGUGUGAAGAGAGGUAACGGGUCGGCGGUGGGAUGUAGAAGGAGAGUUGAAGGCAGGAGGCUUGUUCCUGCUGCCACGUGUCGUCGUGAGGGAAGACCGUAUCUUUCCCAUCAGUGGCAUUUUGGUCGCUGGUCGGGAUCGGUAUGGGGAGAGGGGGGGAGGAAGGAGGUUGGGUGGUGGCCAGGGGAAGAGGGCGACCGCUGGGUGCGGGCGCAUGCGGAGCUAUCUGCUACGUCUAUGGCGCGGGUGCAGGAUACGAGGAAGAAGAAGAGCCGGAAGAAGAUGGAUAUGGGGAUGGAGAUGGAGAUGGGGAUGAUGGGCAGAAGGGCAGGCGUUCGAGGACAAGAGAGGGAGUUGUCUCUCUCGGCCGUGCUGCGCCCUCCUAAGAAUGUGAUGAGAAUGACGAUGGUGAACACCGGGCCAUCUCCGCCUAUGUCGCCGGCGGCGGCGGCGGCGGCUAUGUCUGUUUCCUCCACCAACUCUUCCUCCUGGUCUUCUUCGUCGUCGUCGUCGGGGGUGACAAUGAUGCCUGGUCAGUCUAUUAUUGUUAAAUCCAAUAACGCCGCCGCCGCUGCUGCCACGUGUCGAAUACUGGUGCCUCUUCGUGGGCGGUCGGGUUUUCCCGCCAUAAUGAUGAGGACUUUCGGCGGGGUUUGUGCGGACCUCCUGCUCGGUGGUGGAGGCGGGUUCGGCGCAGCGUCGGGAUCGCGAUCGCCGCGGGGUGUACGCUUCUUCGCCCAAGCGGAGGCCUCUAGUCGCCCGGCGGCUGUAGAGGUUGUUGAUGAAGUGAAUCACGAGACCUCCCCUCCUCCUCCUCCUCCUUCAGAAUCAGGACCAGAAUCAGGACCAGAAGUAGAAGCAGAAGCAGCAGGUGCUCCGGCGAGGGUGAAUGGAGGGAGUUCCAGUGGUACAACUUCAACGCCUUCUUCGUUGCCUUCGCCGCCGACAACCGUGCGAUCGAGAGGGGGGGGGGAUUACGAUGCCUCCCAGAUCCAGGUUCUUGAGGGGUUGGAUCCUGUUCGGCGCAGGCCUGGAAUGUACAUUGGCAGCACUGGACCUCGCGGUCUUCAUCACUUGGUCUACGAGGUCUUAGAUAACGCCAUCGAUGAGGCUCAAGCAGGUUAUGCCACAUGUGUCGAUGUGGUGUUGCGCGGCGGCGGCGGCGGCGCUGCUGACGGUGGAUCCGUCUGCAUCACAGACAACGGGCGCGGGAUCCCGACAGAUAUUCAUCCUGUGACGAAGAAGUCGGCCAUCGAGACUGUCCUGACGGUGCUUCAUGCUGGCGGGAAAUUUGGUGGGGAGAGCAGUGGGUAUCGCGUCUCCGGGGGGCUGCACGGGGUCGGGCUCUCCGUUGUGAACGCGUUGUCGGAGAAGCUAAAGGUGACAGUUUGGAGGGACGGGAUGGAGUUCGUCCAGACGUAUGAGAGAGGGACCCCGACUUCCGAAGUGAUCAGCACCCCUCUUUCGGGAGAUGAUGAGGAUGAGAAAGGGAUCCCGGCGGCGUCGUCUCGCACAGGCACGAGGAUAGAGUUCACCCCAGAUCGGCAAGUGUUUGUGACGUCAACGAAAAUAGAUUACGGCACGAUCGCGAGUCGGCUUCGCGAGCUCGCGUUCCUCAACAAGGACGUGACGAUAAAUCUUAUUGCCGAAGAGGAAGAGGAGGAGGUGGAGGUGGUAAAGGGGGAGGAGGAGGAGGAGGAGAGGCUAGAGGAGGAGAAAGCACAAGAAGUAGAAGAAGAAGAAGCGAUCCGCCGCCGCAGCAGCAGCAGAGGGGGGAUCGAAGAAGAAGAAGAAGAAGAAGAGAUGGUGAGGGACAAGGAGAAGGAGAAGUCGAGGAGGAGGAGGAAGAGGAGAGAGAGUACGUUUCACUUUGCUGGAGGCCUGAAGGAGUACGUCGACUGGCUUAAUUCGGACAAGGACAAAAUCCACGACACUAUAUCUUUUUCCAGAGAGCAAGAUGGCGUACUGGUUGAUGUGGCAGUACAAUGGUGUCGAAAUUCGUUUACCGACACGUUGCUUGGCUAUGCCAACAGCAUCCGAACGACAGACGGGGGGACGCACCUAGACGGAUUGAAAGUGGCCCUCACGAGAGCUGUCAAUUCGCUCGGCAGGAAGGCCAAGAUCCUCAAGGAGAAGGACGAGAACCUUGCUGGCGACCAUAUCCGAGAAGGUCUGACUGCUGUCGUCUCGGUCAAAGUACCUAAUCCGGAAUUCGAAGGUCAAACCAAGACCAGGCUCGGCAAUCCCGAGGUAAGAAAGGUGGUAGACGUGGUGGUCCUAGAUUGCAUUCAGGAGUACUUAGAGAGUCAUCCAUCUGAGCUGGAAGCGAUUCUGAACAAAGCGAUUCAAGCGUUCAAGGCGGCGGAAGCCGCGAAAAAAGCGCGGGAACUAGUCCGACGAAAGAACGUGCUGAAAUCCUCGACUCUUCCCGGCAAAUUGUCAGAUUGCACGUGUAGCGACCGAAGAUUCUCGGAGAUUUUCAUCGUGGAGGGGGAUUCCGCUGGGGGCAGCGCCAAGCAAGGGAGAGAUAGGUGGUUCCAGGCUGUGCUCCCGCUGCGCGGCAAAAUCCUCAACGUGGAGAAGAAGGAUGAUGCUGCCAUCUACAAGAACGAGGAGAUUCAAAACCUCAUCAUUGCUCUAGGAUUGGGGAUAAAAGGAGAGGAAUACGAUCUUUCCAAUUUAAGAUACGAUAAGGUAAUUAUCCUGACAGAUGCGGACGUGGACGGAUCGCACAUUCGCACCCUCCUCCUCACUUUCCUAUUUAGGUAUCAGAGGUCGUUGUUCGAGAAUGGCCAUGUGUAUGUGGGUGUGCCGCCGCUGUACAAGGUGGACAGAGGGAGGUCCGUCUUCUACUGCUAUGAUGAGGAGGAACUUAGGAAAUUGACAAGCAAGACAUUUCCGGAGAAUGCGUCGUAUUCCAUCCAACGAUUCAAGGGAUUGGGAGAGAUGAUGCCUGAUCAGUUAUGGGAAACGACCAUGGACCCAAAGAGACGGAUGCUGAAGCUGUUAACCAUCGAAGAUGCGGUGGAGGCGAGCAGGACGUUCACCAUACUCAUGGGGGACAAGGUAGGCCCCAGGAAGGAGAUGAUCCAGACCUUCGGAUCUGCGAUGCAGCUAGACAAGCUCGAUGUCUGACAGCCUGUCACGCCGUUCUCUCUCUCUCUCUCUCUCUCUCUCUCUCUCUCUCUCUCUCUCUCUCUCUCUCUCUCUCUCUCUCUCUCUCUCUCUCGUGAGACUCCCAGGCAGCAGAAACAAUUGAGAGUCUUAAGGAUCUGACAUGCAUGUAUACGAGCUCAACUUCUGACAACAGAUUCCACCAGUUUCCUCUCUGUGUGCGUGUCUGUCUGUCUCGUUGUCUGUCUGUCUCCUUCCCUCUCCCUCUGCCUCUCCCUCUCCAUCUCUCCAUCUCUCCAUCUCUCCAUCUCCCUCUCUCCCUCUGCCUCCCUCUCCCCUUCCCCCUCCCUCUCCCCCUCUCUUUCUCCUGGUCCCUCUCUCUCCCUCUCCCUCUGUCUCUCCCUCUCUCCCUCUCUCCGCCCUUUCCGUCUCUCUCCCUCUCGCCUCCUCUGCCUCUCCUUCUCUCCAUCUGUUUCGGUCUCUCCGUUUCUCCCUCUCUGCUUUCCUCUCUGCCUCUCUCUCUCCCUCCCUCUCUGCCUCUCUCUCUGCCUCUCUCUCUGCCUCUAUCUGCUUCUAUCUGCUUCUCUCUGCCUCACUACCUCUCUCCCCCCUCGCCCCUUCUGUCGCUGGAGGUGGCCUACAGCAGAGCUCCGGUUCCAAUGUGCAGCCAGGCAAGUUGGACGUCUGAGAAACGCUUCUAACAAUCGCGCUCUGUUUCUUGCUCUCGAUUUGCGGAUCUCUUUUGGUCGAAGGAAGGAGGGAAUCUUUUUGGGGCUCUCUUUCUGUUCUCCCUGUCAAGCAGAUGCUAAUGGGCAUCUCAUCAGAAAUGUGACUGAGCAUCUCCGGCGUCUGAAGCUCAGUCUUUUUGGCUUUCUCUCUUUCGACCUCAUGGUCAUUUGAUCAUGUGUCGUUUCUCACUUUUUCAAAUCGUUGCCACAGGUUUGACCUCUCUCUCUCUCUCUCUCUCUCUCUCUCUCUCUCUCUCUCUCUCUCUCUCUCUCUCUCUCUCUCUGUGCGUCUCUCUCCCUCGCCUGCAGCUGGAGUGUUGAAAGUUGGGAUGGAAUUUUCAUUCCUUCAGGUUUGUGAAUGCCGUGUAUUUGUAGUUGUUGAAGUAAAAGGUUUGUCUAUGAACAAUUCUCGAGCUCUCACUACCUUUUACUGACUUCCCACGUAGCUUUUUUUUUUCUUUUUCUUUCUAAAGUAGCUUUUUCUCGUUGUGCGCGUUCUCUUUCUGAAUCAAGCUGGGUUUAUUAU